AUGUCGAUCGAGUACGGGAUGCCCAUCGUGCUGCCGCCCAUCGGACCGCUGUUCGCCAGCAGCGGGUCCCCCACGGCGGCGCUGCUGGCCUACGAGAGCGAGGAGCAGCGCGAGCAGUACGAGGAGGACAUGGCCAGGUACUUUGGCGUGCCGCUGCCCAGCUACAUGCGCCGCCGCCACACACAGACCCAGACCCAGCAGGAGGAGCAGCAGGAGGAGGAGGAGCAGGACGAUCAUCAGCAGGAGGAGCCCGCCAACCUGCGCACGCCCACGAGCGUUAGCAGCUUCGCGCCGUCCUCGUCCCCCGUCAAGAAGGACGCGGCCACGACCAAGACGGCGCUGCCGCUGCUGCACCUCGACUCCCCCACGCAGACGGACGGCUCGGCCACGGAGCACUCGUCGCCGUCCCCCUCGGGCGAGGAGGAGAAGCUGCGCGUGAGCCGCGAGCGCAACCGCCUGCACGCGCAGCGCACGCGCAUCCGCAAGCGCGAGCUGCUCGAGAGCCUGAAAGAGCGCAUCGAGGCGCUGCAGGACGAGUUCGAGCUGCUCAAGCAGGCCUACGACUUCCACGCCACGGCCGUGUGUCUGCUGCGUCUGGGCAACGUCGUGGACGUCCCGUGCGUGCAGAAGCUCGAGCAGGUGGGCAUCAACGCCACGGAGGACCGCGACGAGGAAGGACGGCUCUGCGACGCGGCCAAGACCGCCGCGCACGACAGCGACGCGGACGCCGACCACGAGGACGCGCACGAGCACGAGAAGGGCUGCGCCUGCUCCGGCAAGGACGCCGCCCCCAGCGACGCCUGCACGUGCAUCGGCGCGCAGCUCAACGCCAACGGCAAGCGGCCGUACUCGUCCACCACUACCGCCGCGUCGACCAGCAGCGGCAGCAACAUGCUCGUCUGCUCCAAGGAGGAGCGCGAGCGCGUGCGGCGCGAACGCAACCGCCUGCACGCGCGGAGAGCGCGUCUUCGCAAGAAAAUGGUGCUCGAAAAAAGCCAGCAGGCUGUCCACGACCUGCGCGAACGCAACGACCGUCUGCGCGGCCGCCUGAGCGUGCUCGUGUCGUCCAUCUACGGCUCGGAAGCGUGCCUGGACGACCCGGACGCCACCUCAUGA